AUGCUAGUGAAGAUGCUGGCAGCAGCCAGCUGCUCUGUGAAGGCAAUGUUCCAUCCUGCUGUUCUUGGCCAUUCUAGAGAAGUUGUACAUAAGCUUGUGAUCCCCUGGAGAAAUGUCCUCUUACAUCACACAAUGCCUCCCCCAGCUAAGUAUGGUGGAAGGCACACAGUGACUAUUAUUUCUGGAGAUGGCAUUGGGCCUGAGCUUAUGGUUCAUGUCAAGAGAAUAUUCAGAUCAAAUUGUGUGCCAGUGGACUUUGAGGAGGUGUGGGUGACCUCUGCAUCUAGUGCAAAUGAAGUUGACAAUGCUCUUAUGGCUAUCCGACGGAACCGAGUUGCUCUGAAGGGCAACAUUGCAACAGAUUACAGACUGCCUGCCAGUUACAAAUCUUACAACACCAAGUUUCGCAGCGUUCUUGACCUCUAUGCCAACGUUGUCCAUUUCAAGACUUUUCCUUGUGUGGAGACCCGGCACAAGGACAUAGACAUCUUAGUUGUUCGGGAAAACACAGAGGGAGAGUACACUAACCUGGAGCAUGAGAGCGUGAAAGGGGUGGUAGAGAGCCUAAAGAUUGUGACAAAGGCUAAGUCUCUGCGCAUUGCUGAGUAUGCCUUUAAUCUGGCUCAAAAGAUGGGGCGCAAAAAAGUGACAGUUGUUCACAAAGCCAAUAUCAUGAAACUGGGAGAUGGGCUCUUCCUCCAGUGCUGUAAGGAUGUGGCAGCUUACUACCCCCAGAUCACCUUAGAGAGUAUGAUUAUAGACAACACCACCAUGCAGUUGGUAUCCAAUCCCCAACAGUUUGAUGUCAUGGUGAUGCCCAAUCUUUAUGGCAACAUUAUCAACAGUAUCUGCACAGGGCUGGUUGGAGGGUCAGGACUUGUACCUGGAGCCAAUUAUGGUGACUUAUAUGCAGUAUUUGAGAUGGGUUCAAAGGAAAUAGGUAAUGAUUUGGCUCAUAGAAAUAUUGCCAAUCCUGUGGCCAUGCUGCUAACCAGCUGUAUUAUGCUGGAUUACCUAGAUCUUCAGGCCUAUGCCACUGAGAUCCGCUCUGCAGUCAUGGCAUCCUUAGAAAACAAAGCCAUCUGCACACCAGACGUGGGAGGUCAAGGCACUACAUCAGGCAUCGUGGAUUACAUCCUGGAAUAUAUGAAAUGUCAUAGAAGCGGUUGUCAUGCAAAUUUCCUCCAGUUCAACAAUUGA